AUGCCGAACCUUAUUGGGUUACCAAUAACCUUCCACGGGUUCUCCAAGAAUCAUGAUUUAUACUUCCAUGGAUCUCAAACAGCUCGUACACAUAUAUUAGUAGGAUCAUAUUCUCCAUUGACAGGUACAUUAGUUAUCGUAACUACUCCAAAACCCUUCAGUGGUGCAUAUGACAUAUUAACCAGAUCAAUCUUCAUCGGUUUCGGCUAUGAUAUGUUUCAAUUCAACUUCGAAUUUAUGACCCACAGAGGUCUCCCAGUUGUUCAUAUCAGUUACAAUAAGCAAGGGCCAUACAGUGACAUUCCUGACAGAUGUAGUAUCCCUACCGGUAAACCAAACUUCAACCAAUGUGUAUCAAGUGCAGGACCGGGUACAACCUACGUUUCAGGAUCAACGCCAACUCCUAUCUCUACCGUAUUAAGUUCAGCAGCUACAAGAACCACUAGUACCCUUUUAAGAUCUACAGCUACUGACGUGAUAAGUUCUCCAGUAACAUCCUCUACCGUUGAAGCACCACAAACUACUACGUCUACCACCUCAACUGCAGACGUGGUAAGUUCUCCAUUAACAUCCUCUGCCGUUGUAGCACCACCAACUACUACCUCCAUCACCACGACUUCGUUCCAACCAACAACAAUCACCGCUACAUCAUCUACAUCCACCACCACAUCAAGAAAACCUGACGCAACCAUUACGGAAAGGAAGCACUAA